AUGGAGAUUACUAAAGGCAGUGUAAUAGCAAUUGUGGUGGUUUUGUUUGUGUCGUGUAUGAGUCUGCAAGGCAAUGCAUAUUAUUACAAGCAAUGUAGCAGCCAAGGAAGUCGAUGCUAUGGACAGUACAUCAGAUGUCCAGCUGAGUGCCCCAGCAGUGAAUCAACAGAUCCUAAGGCUAAAGUUUGUCAAAUUGAUUGCGACAAACCUACAUGCAGAGGUGUUUGCAGAAGUCGCAAACCAAACUGCAAUGCACCAGGAUCAGGUUGUUUUGACCCCCGUUUCAUCGGUGGGGAUGGGAGAGUGUUCUACUUCCACGGAAAGAGCAAUGAACACUUCACCUUAGUCUCUGACUCAACCCUUCAAAUCAAUGCACGCUUCAUUGGACACAGGCCAGCAGGUAGAGCCAGAGAUUACACAUGGAUUCAAGCCCUUGGAAUCCUCUUCAACUCCAAAACCUUCUCACUUGAAGCCCCCAAAACAUCCCAAUGGAAUGAAAAUGUCGACCAUCUCAAAUUCACAUACAACGGAAACCAUCUUGCUCUCCCCGAGGGCCCUCUUUCCACUUGGCGCUCUCCAGAAAAUGACGUGAAAGUGGAGAGAGUAGCUGCAAGGAACAGUAUCAUAGUGACACUAGAGGAUGUUGCCGAAAUUAUGGUGAAUGUGGUGCCAGUGACCAAAGAAGAUGAUGCGAUUCACAACUACCAAGUGCCUGAGGAUGAUUGCUUUGCUCACUUGGAAGUUCAAUUCAGGUUCUUUGGGUUGUCCUCUAAGGUGGAUGGUGUGCUUGGGAGGACAUAUAGGGAAGAUUUUGAGAACCCUGCAAAGGUUGGUGUGGCAAUGCCUGUUGUUGGAGGAGAGGACAAAUAUAGGACUUCCUCCUUGCUUUCUCCACACUGUGCUUCUUGUGUCUUCUCCAAACCUUCACAUCACAAAGAGGGCACUGAAGUGAGUGCAGAGUUAAUGGGCACCCUUGAUUGCUCCAAGUUUUCUUAUGGCUUGGGAAUCGUUUGCAAGAAAUGA